UCCCACCAUUUGUACAAUUUCUAGUCUCCACAAUAAUGAUCCUACCAGUCAAAUUUUGUCCAAUGAAUUGAAGUCAAUUGUUGACGGACGGAUGGACGAUUGACGCAGGACGCCACGGUAUGCCAUGAGCUCGCCCUGGUACUUCGGACAUUGAGGCAGUCAAGGGAGACAUCAGGAAGAGGAAUGACCGAAGAAUGGCUCCGAAGUAAAAACAUAACCGAGACCAUAUACAUAGAUAUCCAGGCCCGAUACAGAGUGAAAAUGAUGAGCCUGGAGACGGCCGGAAAUGCCACCUAGUGCUACAGACUCAUGUCUUGUCAUCAACACCCCACCUAGCCGGGUGAGCCCCCCGGGGUUUCUGGAAGAUGUCAGAGCAGAACUCGAUCUCACUCGCGCAUACAUACAGAGUGCCGAAAUGGGAACUGUCACACCACUACUUAAACAGGAACUACGUUACAAAAUUCAGGCGAGGCGCCUGUCCGAGGGGAGGACCGAACUUUCGGUUUCAGAGACCAAACGAAAACCCGUUGAGGAUAAGUUGACAGUCGAGGACAUAAGAAAAAAAAUCAUACGACAAAAUCAAAACAAGGAAUCCAGCAGACGAGUGAGACAAAGACAGAUCGUACAAGAGGACAAACUAUGGAAGAGAAUCAAUACUAUCAGUGCACACAAUAACAAACUAAGGCGGAUACGAAGUGCAUUGUUGGAGGAAAAGGAGUCCAUCUUGAAACAAUUUAAAGACAUCAGUUGUGAUGUUCUCAUGACAAAAGACAUCAGUUGUGAUGUUCUCAUGACAAAAGACAUCAGUUGUGAUGUUCUCAUGACAAAAGACAUCAGUUGUGAUGUUCUCAUGACAAAAGACAGUGUACAUAUAACUAAAGUAUCGGCACCUCUAUCAGCAGAAACUCCAAAUACAAGUAUGGCAUCGCCUCCAAAUACAAGUAUGGCAUCGCCUCCAAAUACAAGUAUGACAUCGCCUCCAAAUACAUGUAUGACAUCGCAUCCAAAAGCAGCAAUUAUAGUAUUGCCUCCAAAAACAGGAAAUAAGAUUUUGCUCUCAGCAGAAAGUUCAAGUAAAGGGAUGUUAUCUAUUUCACCCGAAAGUUCAAACAUGUCGACAGUUAUACUCCCACAAAUACGACAUAUGAUAAUGGUGUCACCAGAAACACAAUAACAGAGGGUCAAUGUUAUUGUUGUUGUUUUUUUUUAUAAUUUAUUUUUUAUUUUGAAAUCAUGGUGUAUAAUACAUAUACAUGUAUAAUCACAUACACAUAACACACAGAGACAGUAUUACAUUAAUGUUCAUAUUUUUACAAUUGCAUUUACAAAAUGAAGAAGGGGAGGGGGAGGAAAGAAAGAAAGAAAAAAAAAGGUGAUAGAAACAAGGAUAAUAGUUGUGGUUAAUUUGAAUACAUGUACAUACAGUAAAUUAUUUAUUUCUGUAGAGAGAUAGAAAUAAAAAGAGUUUCCUUUAGGGUAGAGAUGUGGGGGUUAAUAUAGAUAAUGGCAUAGCUUUAGUUACAAAAAGAAUAUAAUAGUGUUUUAAACUGUCAGGAAUUAGUUUUUGCUAUUAACUAUCAAGACGAAUAGAUUUUUCUAUAUACACCAAGUAUUCGUGAAUUUUGCUUUGAAAAAAUCAUUUUAACCGUUUGAUAUGAAUUUCUGCGUAUUGUAGUAAUCUUUUAUGUUGUUUGCCAAUGUGUUGACAUUUAAGGAUUUAUCAAGACCCCUCGUUCUGUAAAUGUAUUGUUUGAUGAUACGAACUACUAUAUUAUCAACUGUGGCAUUAAUAAAAUUGUUUGUGAGUCCAAAA